AUGAAUUUUAAAACAAUUAUCUUUUUUAUAUUUGUUACGUUUACUUUAAGUGAUCGUGUGAUCGCAGGCAAUCCUUAUGACCUAGUAAACAUAACUUAUGACUUAGGAGUCGGAUAUUUUUACAAUUACCCAGUCGAAAUAUAUUCUUUUGAAGAAAUUCAUACUAAUAGACCAUUUGCACCCAGGAUCUUUCCUUAUAACCCUAUUUACAUCUUUCUUAAAGACCUUCAAGAUGAUAUUUCUAAUGUUCUGCAACCAAAUAUUAUUGAGUUUAUUCCUGGUGACGUAGGAUACUCUGAUUUAAAACAAGCAGUUAUAGUCAUUGGUCGUAAGGAAAAUGAUCCUUAUAUUACAUCUUAUGAAGACUUGAAAAGACUUGAAGAAAAAGUAGAAAUUUACUUUACAGAUAUCUAUCUCAAUAAUCCUAUUGUUGGAUUUUCAUCCGAAUUAACAUAUCCUGAAGAUGCACCAGCAAAACUUGGCUAUUACAAUGGUGGACCCGUUCGUUAUUUUGACUUUGGUAUAAAUCCAGCUGGUAAUAAAACUGUACCCAUUUAUCAUGUGAUUGAUAAAAAUUACAAUAUAUUAUCCACCUUACCUAGCACAAUUCCGGGGUUUAAAGAUUAUAGUGCUAUGUGGGCUGUUUUUAAUAUCACUGUCAUUAAUAUACCAGUGAAGAAAAUAACAUCUCUAGAUCAAGUAUCUAAUAUUACACCAGUUUAUUCAAAUCUUUUAGUUAAUUGUCCAAUUUCUACAAUUGCACUUAAGAAGCGUUAUGAAUUAUCUAUACUUGGUACUUUUUACAAGUUAAAUGAAUUUUGGUGA